GCUGUCUUUGAGUUCCUAUUGUGAGGAGCGGUCGGCGACAGAGUCUAGCACCGCGUUCAAGCCCGAGAAGGAUUCCUGUGUCCUGCCUGCCCAUUGCUAUGGACAGUGCCAUCACUCUGUGGCAGUUCCUUCUCCAGCUCCUGCAGGAGCCUCAGAAUGAGCACAUGAUCUGCUGGACAUCUAACAAUGGGGAGUUCAAGCUUCUGCAGGCGGAGGAGGUGGCUCGUCUUUGGGGGAUUCGUAAGAACAAGCCUAAUAUGAAUUAUGAUAAACUCAGCCGAGCCCUGAGGUACUACUACGUAAAGAACAUCAUUAAAAAAGUGAAUGGUCAGAAGUUUGUGUACAAGUUUGUCUCCUAUCCAGAGAUUUUGAAAAUGGAUCCACUGACGGUAGGCAGGAUUGAGGGAGACUGUGAAACUUUAAAUUCCAUUGAAGCCAGCAGUUCCAAAGAUGCUGAGUGUGGAGGAAAGGAGAGGCCCCCUCCGUCUGGAACCAAGACAUCUAGUCGCAAUGACUACAUACACUCUGGUUUGUAUUCCUCAUUUACUCUCAACUCUCUGAACACCUCCAAUAAGAAGCUUUUCAAGUCAAUAAAGAUAGAGAAUCCAGCGGAAAAACUAGCAGAGAAGAAAGCUCAGGAGCCAGCACCGUCCGUGAUCAAAUUUGUGACAACACCUGCCAAAAAGCCGUCCAUCGAGCCUGUUGCCGUUGCCUUCUCAACAAGCCCUAGUAUUUCUCCGUCUUCUGAAGAAACUAUCCAAGCUUUGGAGACACUGGUCUCUCCCACACUACCUUCCCUGGAAGCCCCAGCCUCUGUAUCCAUUCUGGCUACCACCUUUAACCCCACUCCUUCAGUUCCAUCCAUACCCCUUCCUCCAAAGGAGCCUCCCAGGACACCUUCUCCACCACUGAGUUCGAACCCAGACAUUGACACAGACAUUGAGUCAGUGGCUUCUCAGCCAAUGGAACUUCCAGAGAACUUGUCACUGGAGCCUAAAAAUGAGGAUUCAGCUUUUCCAGAAAAGGACAAAACAAAUAACUCAUCAAGAUCCAAGAAACCCAAAGGGUUAGAACUGACGCCUGCCCUUGUGGUCACAGGCAGUGACCCCAGCCCCUUGGGGAUCUUAAGCCCAUCUCUCCCAACAGCGUCUCUUACACCAGCACUCUUUUCACAGACACCCAUCCUGCUGACUCCGAGCCCCUUGCUCUCCAGCAUCCACUUUUGGAGCACUCUCAGCCCGUUUGCUCCCCUGAGCCCAGCCAGACUGCAAGGUGCUAAUACGCUUUUCCAGUUUCCUUCCGUACUCAACAGUCACGGACCAUUCGCUCUGUCUGGCCUGGAUGGACCUUCCACCCCGGGCCCGUUUUCUCCAGACCUACAGAAGACAUAACCAGUGCAGUUGUGGACUAAGAGACCAAGGAACUAGGAAAUAGACAUCCACCAGGACUCGGUUCGAAGUGAGGGAUAGUUCUGCAGUGCUCAUGAGAGACUGUUGUGAUUUUCCCACUGCCUGUUGACAAGCCUUUCGAGGACUCUCAAAAGUUGGACUGUACAAAAAAAAUGCCUUAAAUGGAGUUCAAACUCCAUCUCACAUCUCACUUCUUUUUUUAAAA